CGAAUAACAUUGUGUAAUGUACGUGACGCCGGGGGCUUCGGCGGUAGGUGUAUAACGAUAGGCUGCAAUGCCGCCCGCUGAAGGCGAACCAUUGCGAGCAUUUUUCAGCGCACAAAAGCGUUUUAGUGCGCGUCCCACUUGUGUCGCUCUACAGCAGGGCGAUUUUUGCGCGCUCCCGCGACUCGCCAUAGAAAACAAAGCUGAGCGUCUCCCGUAGAAGCGAGCGGUGCAGACUUGGGAGAUAUCUAAAUAUAUUCCGGAUACAUCGUGCUGAAUUAUGGAUUUACAGUGGCUGUAGCAUCGUUGGAGACCAAGCCUUCGCGGCUGGGCUGACGGCGGGACAUUUGCGAAAACUGACGAAAAUAACCAGUGUUUUUUUUUUUCUCGGUGCUUUGUCUUGUCCACCCAACGACAGCAAACCAUCAUUCCCAUUUCAAUCGCAACAUAUUCAGCUAGUGGCCACUAGCUGCCGCCGGGAUGGCUCGUCAUGUUGUCACCUUAAAGUAACUGCUACGACGUUGGAUUGUGAAGGAUAAGCAGAAACCCUGCCGGGUUGUCACCGGGACCUGAAUCGGCGCUAGCCACAGUCGCGGAACCCACCGUUUUCGGCGAUAUGGCGGAGCAGGGCUACUCAUCCUGGGCGUACUCCCUAGUGGAUUCCAGCCAGGUGUCCACCUUCCUCAUCUCCAUUCUUCUCAUCGUCUAUGGUAGCUUCAGAUCAUUGAACAUGGAUUGUGAGAACCAGGAGAAGGACAAAGACGGCAACCCCACGACAACGAAUUUCAACAACAGCAACACAAACAACAGUGAGUGUAUUCAGACUAUAGACUCCACGCAGGCCCUGUUCCUGCCCAUAGGAGCCUCUGUGUCUCUGCUAGUCAUGUUCUUCUUCUUCGACUCGGUACAGGUGGUCUUCACCAUCUGCACUGCAGUUCUUGCAACAAUCGCAUUUGCGUUCCUCUUGUUGCCAAUGUGCCAGUAUCUGACCAGGCCCUGCUCCCCGCAGAACAAGAUCUCUUUCGGCUGCUGUGGGCGUUUCACUCUGGCCGAGCUCCUGUCCUUCUCCCUCUCCGUCAUGUUGGUGCUCAUCUGGGUGCUGACCGGACACUGGCUCCUCAUGGACGCAUUAGCAAUGGGCUUGUGCGUCGCCAUGAUAGCCUUCGUGCGGCUUCCCAGUCUGAAGGUGUCUUGCCUGCUGCUGUCAGGGCUGCUCAUCUAUGAUGUGUUUUGGGUGUUCUUCUCAGCCUACAUCUUCAAUAGUAAUGUGAUGGUCAAAGUUGCCACCCAACCUGCUGAAAAUCCCAUAGAUGUUCUGUCCCGAAAGCUCCACUUGGGACAAGGGAUGGGCCGCGACGUCCCCCGUCUCUCCUUACCUGGAAAGCUGGUCUUCCCCAGCUCAACAGGAAGUCACUUCUCGAUGCUGGGAAUAGGAGACAUUGUGAUGCCGGGGCUGCUGUUGUGCUUCGUCCUGCGCUACGACAACUACAAGAAGCAAGCGAACGGGGAGGUCCCCCUGUCUGGACGCAUGCAGCGCGUCUCCUAUUUCCACUGCACUCUUAUCGGAUACUUUGUGGGUCUGCUGACUGCCACUGUGGCCUCCAGGAUCCAUCGUGCGGCUCAGCCCGCCUUGCUCUACCUGGUGCCCUUCACCCUGCUGCCUCUGCUCACUAUGGCCUACCUGAAGGGGGAUUUGCGGCGCAUGUGGUCCGAGCCCUUCCACACAAAGACCAGCAGCUCCCGCUUCCUGGAGGUAUGAUGCACCCUGGGACAAACGGCCAGUGCGGGGAGGACUGCUGAUCUUUUUACCUUAAUUGGAGGGAAGGAGAGAGGGGCACUCACAGUGAGGCCAUGUUGUCAUCACUUGUUCAUGCUUUCCGCAAAUCUUCUGUAAGAAAACCCUCAGAAGGACACCAGUGUGUGGAUCACCACGCCCCAACACGAUUCAUUGUUGGUCCCUACAUCCUCUCCAAUUCAUCGCCGCUUCCUCUUUUCCGUUUAUUUCCUCUUCAUUAAAGCACAUCCUGCCAUUUUCCCGCCCCCGCCCCCUCGCUCUCCUUUUUCCUUUUUCUCCGCUCUAUAGUUAGUCUCGUUUGCCACUUCCCUUUCACGGCUCGUUCCAUUCGUCAGGCCUCCUCCCGCUGCGUUUUCCUUCGCUCCCUGCAUCUUUGAUUUUCUCUGCAUCUCAGUUUGUCACCGACUCUGAACUCUAGGGCCUCUUGCCCCCCUUUUUGUGGACUUAGGGUUGUGAGACAUAACUGGGGUCUAUACAUACUAUAUAUAUAGUAUUUUUUUAUCGUUCUUCUCUUCAUGAUUGUUAUUGGUAUUAGUAUUAUCAUUAUAAUUAUUAUUAUUAUAGAAUAUUUAAAAAACUGAGAAGAGGCGGAUAGUUGCAGUGGCAAAGGAGGUGCUCUGGAGCAGCGACACGGUGAAGAAGGAGAGUCUUACCCCUCCAUCCCUCUCCCUGCUUUCUUUAACUUUAUCUUCAUCCCAGCACAAUGGUCUUUUUUUACACGGGGCUUCCUCCCUCUGACACUCUCCACGAGCCCCACCCACCCUCCUCCUCCUCCUCCCCCUCCUCCCUGUUCUGCUGGCCCCAUUCCACGCCCUCACAGAUAACUAUGUAUUUUAUUUAGAAAAGUUUUAUUCUUGGCAUAUACAGAAAUGCAUUAUAAAUUGUUACGCUGCCCCCUGCGUUUUAGGGGCCGGUUCUAUUUGUAUAUAUGUGUAUUUGCGGUAUCUUGAGUUUGUAUUUGUGUUCGGGAGCAUGUUGAAUAGAGUGGGAAACUGACGCCAGCCAACAGCGGGAUUUUGGUAAAUUAUGGCUGCCAGGUUUUGUCGACUCGACUGGUGAGCAUCCAUCACGUACAGGUUGUUUUCUAAAGUUUGUUGACUUGUGUGAUAGAAACGUAGCUGAUGGACCUUUGGCACAAAAAAGCAAACAUCUGCAUUGGCAGCUGGCCGAUGAAAUGGCUGGUUUCCUGCUCUAGUGUCCAGUGUGUUGGCUCUAACGACGUCAUACAGCACACGACAUGUCUAAUGAAAACGAUUUGUCCUAAAAAGUUACAGAAAACUCAACAGGGGGCAAUUUUGUUUUUAUCAGUCUUCGGACAGGUGGAAAUGUAAACAGUGUUUGUUUUUUUCUAAUAAAUGAAUGUUAAAUUCA